UUGGAUAUUUGGAACCAUCUCUCUCUCUCUCUCUCUUUCUUGUUCUAAUGGAGCCUGCAAGAGAUGAGCUAGAGGUGAUUUACAGAUCAAAGCUCCCAGAUAUUUACAUUCCCAACCAUCUCCCACUACAUUCAUAUUGUUUCCAAAACUUAUCAAAGUUCAGUUCACGACCAUGUCUCAUAGAAAGUGCCACAGGCAAAACCUACACUUACUUAGAUGUUGAUCUCAUUUCCCGGAAGGUAGCAUCUGGUCUAAACAAACUAGGCAUCAAACAAGGUCAGGUGAUUAUGGUUUUACUCCACAACUCGUCCGAGUUUGCAUUCACAUUCAUCGGUGGACUACAUCGCGGUGCCAUCACCACGACGGCAAAUCCCUUUUACGAAGCGGCCGAAAUAGCGAAGCAAGCAAUCGCAGCCAAUGUUAAGCUUAUAGUUACCCAUGCUUGUUAUGUUGAGAAGGUGAAGGGUUUAGCUGAAGAGAAGGGGAUUAAGAUUGUGUGUAUUGACUCGGCCCCAAGUGGUUGUUUACAUUUUUCCGAGUUAACUAAAUCAGAUGAGAACGAUUUGCCAAUUGUUGAGUUGGAGCCCAACGAUGUUGUUGUGUUACCAUUCUCUUCUGGAACCACUGGGUUACCAAAAGGGGUGAUGUUAAGCCACAAGAAUAUGAUCACUAGUGUUGCUCAACAUGUGGAUGGAGAGAAUCCUAACUUGUACUUCAAUAGUGAGGAUGUGUUGUUGUGUUUGCUACCUAUGUUUCAUAUCUAUGCCCUCACCGCUGUGUUACUUUGUGGGUUACGUGUUGGGGCAGCGAUUCUGUUGAUGCAGAAGUUUGAGGUUGUGACACUUAUGGAGUUGAUCCAGAAAUGUAAGGUGACUGUUUUGCCCUUGGCUCCUCCGGCCAUCUUAGCAAUUAGUAGAAGUACUGUUGUUGGCAAUUACGAUUAUUCGUCGGUCAGGAUGGUAAUUUCUGGUGCAGCACCGAUCGGGAAGGACCUUGAAGAUGCAUUUAUAUCAAAGUUUCCUAAUGCCAAGUUUGGUCAGGGAUAUGGAAUGACCGAGGCUGGCCCAGUGACAAUGUGCUUGUCCUUCGCAAAAAAACCGUUCAACACAAAACCUGGAUCAUGUGGGACGGUUAUUAGAAAUGCUGAUUUAAAGAUCAUUGAUCCAAAAACAGGUUAUUCUCUAUCCAGAAACCAACCAGGAGAGAUUUGCAUUAAAGGGAAUCAGAUCAUGAAAGGCUAUAUCAAUGAUCCAGAGGGCACAAAAAGAACCAUUGACAAACAAGGCUGGUUACACACAGGGGACAUUGGCUAUGUUGAUGAAGAUGAUGAGAUAUUUAUUGUGGACAGAUUGAAAGAAUUGAUCAAGUACAAGGGCUUCCAGGUAGCCCCUGCCGAGCUCGAAGCGAUUCUCGUCGCUCAUCCCAAAAUCUCUGAUGCCGCUGUUGCCCCUAUGAAAGAUGAAGUUGCAGGCGAAGUUCCGGUUGCAUUUGUGGUGAUAUCAAAUGGUAUUGAGGUCACAGAAGAUGAGAUCAAGGAAUACGUCUCAAAACAGGUAGUGCACUAUAAGAGGAUCAAACGGGUAUUUUUCGUGCAUGCAAUCCCAAAAGCACCAUCUGGCAAGAUCCUACGGAAGGAUUUAAGAGCAAAGUUGUGAAAAGGGUUGUGAUUCAAAUCCAAAUCAUAUUGAGAUCAUAAAGAUCCCGAGCCAACCAGUCAUGUGAAACUGCGUCUUGUGGAUAUUUUGAAGCAAAUCAAUUGGAAAUUUGUUUAGCUGAUGCCUACUUUUAUGACAUAAACGGCUGAUCUGGCUGUUUUGAUCAUCAUAUGGGUGUUUAAGAAUCAAUUUAGAUUUAUCACAUGUCAAAUUUCAUAUUCGAACAUGAUCAGUAACUCUCCCAUUAAGUGGCAUAAGUUCUUAUCCAUGUUCUAACAAAAAGUAGCAUGCACACUCUUGAUACUCCACAA